UGAAAUGAAAUAAAAUCACGUAAUUACGUGGUACAGUACUGCGUAAACCUAAGUGUCCCUGUUCGGUUGACUGGGAAGCCCCUAGUGCGGAGCUGCCAACGCCCGACGUAAAAGACACAAAUAUCAGCUUGGGUAUUGAAUGAAUAGUGAACCCUUUAAAAGAGCGAUAUGCAGACCAUUAAGUGUGUCGUAGUCGGGGACGGUGCGGUGGGUAAAACCUGCCUGCUCAUCUCCUACACCACAAACAAGUUUCCCUCUGAAUAUGUACCUACAGUGUUUGAUAAUUAUGCCGUAACUGUAAUGAUUGGAGGCGAACCCUAUACUCUGGGAUUGUUUGAUACUGCAGGUCAGGAAGACUACGACAGGCUACGACCUCUGAGCUAUCCCCAGACAGAUGUCUUCCUUGUGUGUUUCUCCGUUGUCUCCCCCUCAUCAUUUGAAAAUGUUAAAGAAAAGUGGGUUCCAGAAAUCACCCACCAUUGUCCAAAGACCCCCUUCCUGUUAGUCGGAACCCAGAUUGACUUGCGAGAUGACCCCUCCACGAUAGAGAAGCUGGCGAAGAACAAGCAGAAACCUAUUACUCCGGAGACGGCGGAGAAGCUGGCAAGAGACCUGAAGGCUGUGAAAUAUGUGGAGUGCUCCGCCCUUACACAGAAAGGCCUAAAGAAUGUGUUUGAUGAGGCGAUAUUGGCUGCAUUGGAGCCCCCAGAACCCAAGAAGAAGCGCAAAUGCGUGCUGCUAUGAGAUGCUUCUUCCUUUCAAAGCAGACACACGUUACACAUAAAAACACACACCUGAUACAUGCCCCACCCCAGCCACCCUUCCAAAACAUUUCCUGUUGCUAGACAGCAUUGUGCAGCCAAGGGAUGACCACAAAGACGACGGCAUAUGUUCCACAUUUUUCUCUGCAAUAAGAUUCGUCUCCCUUAAAUUGGAUUACUGAGGGUAGAAGAUAAGCCUGCUCUGGCCAACAGAUUAGCAGUGGGGGUUCUGAUACCAAGCUUUACGUACAUGUGGAAUUAAAGUUGAUGAGCUUUUAACUAGAUUGAUCUAAAUGCAAUCAGUGUUGAGGCCUGAUCUACCAUUCUAAUCGUCUUCAGCCAGUUUUCAUGAUACAAGCCCCGCCCCGGUCCUCCUUAGUUGUUCCCAGCGCGUGAGGUAAUGAUAAUGGCAUGGUGCACCCCAGACACAUGACACUCCACACGUUUAACCACUAAGUUUAACAACACGGCCACGCUGAAGUUGAAUUCUUAAAAUGUUGCCAUUCCUCCGUUCCGUUUCACACUGAAGUUUUGCGGUUCCUCCGGAAUAUGAUUAUUCAGGGAUGAGUCGCCAAACUUCAAUUAUUGCCACAUGAAAUGACCCUUACAUGCAGGGAACCUGAACAGUGUUAGAAAAAAAGUGUCCUCGCUAUGCUUUUCCUGGGACCAAGUUACAGUGCAGCAGGCUCCUGGUUCAAUGUAUGCCUCACAUUACACGGGUCACUUUAUCAGCUUUGCUUAAAUAUGUUAUAUAUGGUUUGUCACUAUGUUCUAUGUUGUUAAUUUUUUGAAAGCGAACGGCAAAGUAGUAAAUUACAUUUCAAGUGCGUGGUGGGAAAGAUUGCAAACAUCGGUCUCGGAAAGGGGGCGUUUCUGGAAGUGGGUGAAGGUGUAUAUGGCUAUGGGCACAGCGUAAACAAAGCUUCUAGACGCGGGUCGUCGACUUCGUUUGGUUUAAUUUUCAUCAAAAUAGUAGUCAUGCCAAACCGUUGUUGCCACUGGCUGUCCACAGUGUCCCAGUGGUACUGUAAGUUUGUUGUCUUUUCCAAAAGAUGAAUGUUUAAGACGACAAUGAACGAAGCAGCUACAGAGAACGACAGCCAAACGGACGAAUCACCUCGCAUUCUGUUCAUUUCACUGAAGACUGCUGUUAAAGAACACCUUUACAAGAAGCCUUUGGCUUGAAAGUACAGUAUAAACGCAUUUGGGAUGCCAGGAUGCUAUUCCUGAUGCAAUGCUACACAGGAAGCGACAAGACAAACCAUGUCAAAGUUGCCGCAGAACAGUUAAAUCAUUUUACAUAUUGUAAACACUAUGGCACCAUAGUAACAAGCAUUCAAAGCAGAAGACAUGUUAUAAAAGACAUUUUCACAGCGAUAGUGAGGAUAAGCAGCAUACAAAAUGGAUGGACGUUUGGGGGCAGCGGCGGCAGCAAAAUACAGUUUUCCCUCCUUUAUCGCGGGGUAUAGGUUCCCAAAAUAGCCCGCAAUAAGUGAAAUCCCUGAAGUAGUCAACUAUAUUUUUGUAGAAUUUUUGUUUUAAGGCUGUAAAACCCCUCACCAUACACGUGGUACACUUUGCUCAGACGGACAUUAAUGUUUUAUCACAUUCUCCUGUUUAAACUCUCUAAUUUUGUGUGAAAUUUAAUGAUUAUCUUACAAGAGUGGACACAAGAAAUUAAGUGACUCACGCAUAUUUCACUCCUCUGAUCGUGCCUUGUCCUGAUGCCACGAGGCUGUAGCGUUUUUGUAUCCUUGUUAAAACGUAUUCCUCCUCCUCGUCCUCCAUGAACCGAAGAUGCAUUUACUGUAUUCCAGGCGCCCUACAGCCACGUAACUUCUGCCUUCAUUCAGCAUGUAUGAUCGCAUGCAGCUAGCGAUUGUACAACAGGCAGUCCUGCACGAAGGAGAUUGAUUGAUUGACAAUGGUGUCCAGCCAAACCAGAAUGCAGAACACCAUGGGCGGGUUCUCCCUUAGCAAAUCAGGACUGUUGUGGCUCUGUAUUUACGAGACGAACUGGACACGUACAGUACACAAGAUCAUUCUAAUACACACGAUGCACGUUCAUACGCUGUAAAAAAAAAAAAAAAAAAAGUACAAAAUUGCACUUAAAAAAAUGUGCGCGUCUACGAAAGGUGAACUGCGAUGUAGCGAGAGAACACUGUACACACUAAAAAAGGCUGUAAGGACCCCUUUAAGCUCAUUCAGAAGCCAAUUUAAAACAAUCAUUGAAGGAUAAGCAACUCCAAUGUAAUUUACACUUAAUUCUCCAUCUCCAUGUUUCUUCCUUGUCCGACACGCUAGUUUCAUCGUCGGUGGCUCAAAGAAAUACGGCUUCAUUCCCUGUUCUGCAAGUUCUCCCUAUUUCAUCUGAAGACGUUUCUUCCUCCUCGAACACUUGUUGAGAAAUCGUUCAAAUCUUGGCUAAAAUCGUUGUAAACAUCCUCUGUCUGGUAUGUCGCUGUGUCUGUUUACGUGUGAAUGUGCCUUCACCAACGUCACUUCUGGAAACGCCCCCUUUCCAAGACCGAUGUUUGCAAUCUUGCCCGCCACGCACUUUAAAUGUAAUUUUUUACAAAUGUACCGUUCGCUUUCAAAAAACAGACAACGUCGAACAUAAUUCCAAACAAUAUAGAACCUAAGUUGAUAAAUCAUGUCAGCGACCCUUUAAAGCAGGGGUGUCAAACUCGUGCCAUGGAGGGCCGAGACGCUGCAGGUUUCCUUACCAGCCAGUCACUAAAGCAGGUGAUUUUAAUGAUCAGCACCUUGAAUUUGAGGGAAGGAGCUCAUCAAUUAAAUCACCUGCUGGAGAAACUGGUACUGCAGUGUCUGACACCCCUGCUUUAAAGGAAUGCUGUGUUAUGUGUACUGGCAACAAUUCAAACGUGAGGCUCACUACACGUCUUUACAGUGUCGUGUCGGCAAACAAAAUGUGAUUAUGAAGGCAACAUGUCCGCUCCGUCGUAACCUUUUUGACUGUGGAGUGGAGCAUGUGGCCCAACAGAUGAACUAUAUUGUCAGGUGGCACUCCACUUUUACCAAAAUGUUUCUUUUUAUUCAUUUUGUUUGUUUGUGAUAUUUACUGUUGUUGUCCUCCAUCUCUUAGUAAUAUAAAACAUUCAAAGUUAUACUUGUCGGUUUAUAACAAGACGACCACAGGAGGUUACUGGAGUGGUUUUGCCCAAUAAAACCUCUUAAUGGCAGAGAGACUGUUGAGUGAAGAUUUGGUUGGCUUUUCUUUUACUGGCGGUAAAGUCAGUAUCAAUUAUAACUUGUAGUUGUUUUGGUGAAAAACCAAAUGCUUUUGUCUAAAGUCUUUGUUCUUUGUAUAUGCAUUCUUAAAAAUAUUAAACUUAUACCUUAAUUGCC